GGAAGUUUUGUAAUGUUCCAUUGGGUCAAAGGAGUUCCAUUCGACUUUAAUUCCGGAGCUUACGAUGGCCUGACUUUGUGGGAGCAGAUCGAUAAUGGAGCACAGUUUACACCAGCUAAAAAAUAUUUAACCGCUGUUCCAAUUGGAUUGUAUGUGGGAAGACGAAUAAAGAGCUCACGAAAGGAUGGUCUUGGUGACAUGAAUGCUGUCAAUAAUGAGAUAAUUAUCGUGAGAAUUGAACCGAAUAUUCUGAAAUAUUAUAUGAACAAAGACGUGAAUUCAGAUUUGCUUGAUUAUGGUGUCUAA